GAGGGGUAUAUAAGGAGCCUGGGGCUGGGGGUGACAGGUGCAGACCUCAGGUUUCAGCCCAGCUCACGCCUCCUGCCAGCUUUGCUUGUGCUGCUGAGAGCUCAGGGCUGCUGCCUGGCCAUGAGCACCACAUUUCUACAGACUUCUUCCUCCACCUUUGCGGGUGGCUCGACCUGGGGGGGUUCCCUCGUGGCUGGGGGAGGAGGCUUUGGUGGGGGGAGUCUCUAUGGGGGAGGUGGGAGCCGCAGUAUCUCAGCUUCUUCUGCCAGGUUUUUCUCCUCGGGGUCAGCAGGGGGCUAUGGGGGCGGCUUCAGUGGAGGGGCUGGUAGUGGUUUGGGUGGAGGCUUUGGUGGUGGCUUUGGUGACUUCGGCGGUGGCGGUCUCCUCUCUGGCAACGAGAAGCUCACCAUGCAGAACCUCAACGACCGCCUGGCCUCCUACCUGGAGAAGGUGCGCGCCCUGGAGGAGGCCAACGCUGACCUGGAGGUGAAGAUCCGCGACUGGUACCAGAAGCAGAGCCCAACCAGCCCGGAGCAUGACUACAGCCCCUACUUCAAGACCAUCGAGGAACUCCGAGACAAGAUCCUGGCGGCCACCAUCGACAACUCCCGGGUUAGCCUGGAGAUUGACAACUCCAGGCUGGCCGCGGAUGACUUCAGACUCAAGUAUGAGAACGAGCUGGCCCUGCGCCAGAGCGUGGAGGCCGACAUCAACGGCCUCCGCAGGGUGCUGGACGAGCUGACCCUGGCCAGAGCCGACCUGGAGCUGCAGACUGAGAGCCUGAACGAGGAGCUGGCCUACCUCCGGAAGAACCACGAGGAGGAGAUGAAGGAGUUCAGCAACCAGCUGGCCGGCCAGGUCAACGUGGAGAUGGACGCAGCACCGGGCGUGGACCUGACCCGCGUGCUGGCGGAGAUGAGGGAGCAGUACGAGGCCAUGGUGGAGAAGAACCGCCAGGAUGCCGAGGCCUGGUUCUUCAGCAAGACAGAGGAGCUGAAUAAGGAGGUAGCCUCCAACACAGAGAUGAUCCAGACCAGCAAGACGGAGAUCGUAGACCUGAGACGCACGGUGCAGGGGCUGGAGAUGGAGCUGCAGUCCCAGCUCAGCAAGAAAGCCGGGCUGGAGAGCACGCUGGCGGAGACCGAGUGCCGCUACGCCCUGCAGCUGCAGCAGAUCCAGGGCUUCAUCAGCAGCAUCGAGGCCCAGCUGAGCGAGCUCCGCAGUGAGAUGGAGUGCCAGAGCCAGGAGUACAAGAUGCUGCUGGACACCAAGGCGCGGCUGGAGCAGGAGAUCGCCACCUACCGCAGCCUGCUGGAGGGCCAGGACACCAGGAUGGCUGGCAUUGGUACCAGAGAAGCCUCCCUGGGAGGUGGUGGCGGCGGCAAAGUCCUCAUCAAUGUUGAGGAGUCAGCGGAUGGGAAGGUGGUUUCUUCUCGAAAGAGAGACAUCUAAGUGCCCAGCGCAGGAGAGACACCCCCGUCAUCCCCACCCUCCCCAGGCUGAGUGGACAGCUGGCUGGAGGGACCAGAAAAGCAAACUCGGGCUUCCCUGGUGGUACAGUGGUUAACAAUUCACCUGCCAGUGCAGGGGACACGGGUUCGAGCCCUGGUCCAGGAAGAUCCCACAUGCCGUGAA